AUGGAGGGGUUUGACGGCACCUUGAAGGAGCUGUUCGUGGACACGGGAGGCGGAGCUUUCGGGCUCGACAUCGCCGAGAACGUCGGGCUAGACUCGCCAACAGCCGGCUUCUUCCUGGAGAGCGACGACGAGGAAGCGCCCGCGAACGACCCGUACGAGCGCCUCAUCAAGCGUUUUAGGGAAGACGAUGGCGACCACCAGGUCAAGCGCGCGCGCUCCUGCCCCGCGACCCCGCGCGGCGGGUUCCAGAGCCACUCCGGGGGGACCCCGUUCGGCGGCGCGCCCAUGCCGGACAACUGGCACCAGCACAGCAAGGGCGUGCUGAACCAACAGCACCUCCAGCCCCUCCGCACCGCGCACUCCGUCGGCGAGAACCGGUUCGAGUCCGCGCGGUCGGUGUACCACUCGAUGCCCGGCGACGUCGCCAUGGACGGGGACUCCCAGGCCGCCCCCGUGGGCUUCCCGGGCGCGGCGGGGGGCGACUGGGCGGGCCACAUGCAGCCCGCGCACCUCGGCGUGCGCAACAAGAGCCUGCCGCCGGGGCGCUCCCGCCUCGCGCAGGCCUCCAACAGCUGCGUGGAGGAGCCGCACGACGACGGGCCGCAGGGCUCCGACCCGCAGUCGGACCCGCGGUCAACCGACACGCGCGGCGUCUCGCACCCGCAAGUGUCGCCCGCGCCGACGGACGAGAACGGGCACGGCGCGAACCCGGGCGCCGCGAUGCGCACGCGCGCGCCCGCGGACCCCGGCGCGCCGCCCCACGUGCAGCACAUGGUGCCCGCCCACGCCCUGGGCGCGUGGGGGCAGCCCGUGCCGGCGCCGGAGUGGCAGGCGCAGCAGCCGCCGAUGUCCGGCGGGAUGCACAUGCCGUUCGGGCACGUGCAGAUGCCGCAGUCCGCGCCGAUCGCGACGCCCGGCGCCAACGGCUGGUACCAGCAUCCGCCGUCGCAGGUCGCCGCCACGGGCAUGCCCGUGGGCGGCCAGGCGCCCUUCCCCAUCGGCAGCGCGGGGAUCCCCGGGUCGCGCCUGAACCCGCUCAUGAUGCCCUCGCCGCACAGCGGCAGCCCGGCGUCCUCGCAGCUCCUCGGGCGCCCCGGCAGCGGGUCGGAGAUGGGCUGGGACACCGACUCGGCCGAGUCGGGCCCGCCCACGCCCGGCGGGACCAAGCGGGGCGGCGCACGAACGGCGCGCGGGCGCACGAAGCCGGCGAACAAGUCGCGGCUCGCGCCGCAGGGCGGGGACGGCGCGUCGUCGCCGCGCACACCGGCGGGCAGCCCCUUCCGCGGGGUGCGGCAGCGCCCGUGGGGGAAGUGGGCCGCGGAGAUCCGCGACCCGCUCAAGGGCGUGCGGCUGUGGCUCGGCACGUUCGACUCGUGGGAGGAGGCGGCGCGCGCGUACGACCGCGCGGCGAUCCGCGUCAAGGGCCCCAGCGCCAAGCUCAACUUCCCCCAGGACCGCGAGGCGUACCUGACGAGCGGGGAGUCGCACAGCGUGGACUGCAAGGUCGAGGCGCUGAUGAGCCCCUCGGCGGGGUCGCGGCGGAGCGCGCGGAUCCGCAAGAAGGUGGGCGACGACGACGCGGGGGGCGAGGGGGCGCGCGGCAACGGCAACGGCGCGGCGCGGGACGACGAGAACGGGACGUGCGACGAGCGGGACGAGCAGGAGGCGUGCGCGGUGCCGGUGGACGACGUGGAGUCGCUCGACUUCAUGGACUUCCUCAAGGACGAGGCGGGGGACUUCCCCAUGGCCGCGCACCCGCAGCAGGCGGGCAAGCCGCAGAGCAGCGCGGACUCCCACGGCGUCCCGAUGCAGGAGAGCUGA